AUGCAAUACCGACUCGUCUCCAUUCUCGCCGCCGGCGUACUGGUAUCCAUAACUAGCGCCGCACCCGUCCCAUCAGCCGACAACCUCUCCACCCCCGUCACCAACCCUCCCAACACCAUCGAACUCGGCAAACCCUCCUCCGAAAUCAUCUGGAGCAAGUCCAAGAAAUCCCGCUCCCCCACCGACGACACUCUCCCCACCAACCCCGACGACAUCGUUCUCACGCCCCCCAACUACGAAAUCAUCUGGAGCAAGGAGAAGGCCCGUGAUCUGGAGUUCGAGAAGCCAAAAGAUAGCUUUAACCUCGGGAAGCCGAGCACAGUGGUCACGUGGGGAAAGAGGGAGGAGCUCGGGACCCCCGAGGAUACGAUUGGGCUAGGCAAGCCGAGUACGGUGGUCACGUGGGGAAAGCGCGAUGUGACGACGCCCGAGGAUACGAUUGGGCUGGGUAAGCCGAGUACGGAGGUUACGUGGUCUUGA